AGCGUACGAGAGAUCGCUGCCCGAGUGGCAGUCAGUCGCUCGAGCGAGAGUGAAAGGCUCGAAGCUCUCGAGCGAGCUGCAGAGAGCGAGUUGUUGCGAUUCGCGCGGCUGAUAGCUGAGACGCUGCGCGCGGUGUACACAGUGUAGUUUCGAAGUAGCACGUGGACUGCAGCGCGCGUGCGAUUUUGCGCUGGCUCUUGUGUCUUCUGAAGUUUUGCUUUGAAUUCCGUACGUGAGAUAUCAGUUUGGUGUGUGCGUGAGCAUGUGUGUAAUGGUGCGCGAAGAGAAGUGAAGCUUUCGUCGCAUUCUUCGAAGCGUCAGCAACAGCAAAAAACCUCACGCAGAUUUUAAUCUCGCCUCUCACCGAGUCUGCUCAGCAGCUUUUCUCGCGUCGCAGUCGUGAAUGCGUACGCAAACACACUGCCGCCGUAUACACGUGAAAGCGUGACGACGGCAAGUGCACGGACGGAUAUAUUAUACGAGGGACGAUGAAGAAACCGGCGCACGUGGCGCUUGAUCGAUCGCGCGCAGCGAAAUAUCAUUGUGCAAACGAGUUUUCGCGGGCGCGCGUUAAUACAUCAAGCGAGUAAUUGAACAACGCGCACACGGCGAAAUUGAUCUCGCCCGGGACCAAUUACGUUUCGGCGCGUCGCUGAUGACGACGAUGAUUUUUCUUCUUUUUUUUCUUUCGAUAUCGCUCUGCUGAUUAGCGCUGGAUGUGUUUGCAGGAGGUAAUUUCGUUGCGCAAACAGUUUUGAAUUUAAUAAACUCGACCGCGAGAUUUAGCGCUGAGUUAUACACCGGCGCUCUCGCGGCAGCGCGAUUAAAUCGAGGGAAGACAAACUUUGCGAUUUAUGUACGCGAAUGUUUACCUAGCCGUUGGAAAAAGGAAGAUUCGAUGCCGAAUAUUGAAAACUCCGCGCGUGUGUAUGCUCUAUAAAGCAAAAGGAAAACGAGCAACCGGUUCGCCGCGCGCGUGUGUGCACAGCUUAGAAUGAUAAACGCGCGCGCGAGUAGCGACUCUCUGUUGCUCUUUUACUAGCGGUGCAGCGCAGCCGAUGCCUCGAUUUAUCGACUCCAGUUUCGAAAAAGUGAAUAAAACUCGAGCUAGCCUCUUCUUAUGUCUCGCGAGAGAGGGGGAUGAAAAAAGAACGUAUCCGAUUUAGCAUAGAAAACGUUUCCACGAAGAGGCAACAAGACUAGACCACAAAAACCUCGACCGGUGUUUUGUCUUCUAUACACGCAUACAAAGUGCCUGGCGUCAGUAUACUUUUCCCCGAUCGUGCGCGAUAUACCUCUCGCGCAUGAUCGGUAACGAUGGUGUCGUUCGACGCGGUAAACGCCGACUACAGCAACGUCACGGAAGACUCGACAGAUGAGAAUAUGCCAGAAGCGGAGGAGGAAGAGGACUCACCGCCGCUGAUAUUCCGGGGCGUCCAGUACAUGGGUUCAUUUCCCGUAGCCGGUUUCGACGCUGCCUGCCGAGCGGAGUACCUGCGCGCCAAGCUUGAACUACUACGGGUCGCAGCCGCUGGCCGGCAUUCGUACAACGAUCGCUCGACGUCCGUCCUGCUGAUAGUCUCGCUCGCCGGCAUCAAAGUAUGCAGCCCAGAUGGAAAGCGGGUGCAAAUGGCCCACGCGUUAAGGCGCAUCUCGUACGCGACCUGUGAGCCGAGCUACGGCCAAUUCAGCUUCCUGGCUCGCGAGCCGAGGGCCCACUUCAGUAUCCAGUACUGCCACUCCUUCAUCACCGAAUCUCCCGAGCAGGCCGAGGAACUGAACACCAUCGUCGGCAAUGCUUUUCGCAUGGCGUACGUGGCGCAGCUGCAGCGCCAGCCGAUGCUCCAAGAUGUGAUUAGCUCCAAGUCCGGCUCGCACUUUCGCAAGGACAGCAAACUGCAGCAGCAACAGCCGCAGCCACAGCAGCAGCAGCAGCAGCAGCAGGAGACUCGAGGCGGCGCCGUCUGGAACAAGUCUCUGGUCGGCGGCGACACGGCUCAUAACAACAAUAACAACAACAGCAGUAGCAACAACAACAACAACAACAACAACAAUAACAACAAGGCCGCAGUGGGGAGUAGCAGUAGCGGCAGCUGCAGCGACGACGCCAGCAGUACGAGCAGCAGCCCCACAGCCGACGACAUGAACCUCCAGCUCGGCAGCGCCGGCUCACCCACGCUUCGGCUGUCCAGCGUCAAGACGCCGAACACGAUCCCGGGUCUGCGGCCGUCGCACAACUUCGGCAACGUGCUCUCGUCCCUGCACAGUGGCAGCGAGGACGGCUGCGGGACGAACAAGAGCAUAUCGCAGCAAAGCACGCCCAGCAGCGACGAGAGUAACUCGCCCACGGAGCUCAACUCGUACAAGCGGCUCGCGGACAAGCCGCCACUCAUCAAGCGACUCGCCAUGGGACUCACCGGAGGCCGUGACGUGUUGGGCCUGAACGGCGAGGACGACAGCUGUCCGCUGGUUAGCGGUGGCAGUACUCCGACCUCGCCUACGACGACGAGGCCGCACUCGGGCGGCUAUAUCAACGAGGCCAUCAUCGAGUCCGAUACCAACAGCAGCACCACCACGACAUCCAGGUCGUCGACGCAGCAACAGCUGCAGCAGCAGCAGCACAAUAGCAAGACACUGCCCGCCACCGAGAACCUCGACAAUACCAUCAAUUCCUCCAUCAACGCCAAGAAUUUCAAUAUCGAGAAUAACAGGCUAGCGCAAAACUCGCUGAACGGCGCAACGGAAGCGGACUUCAAAUCGAAGCGAAGGUCGCAGAUCAGCACGUCGAGCAGCUCGGUACCAGCGGACGGCAGUAUGCUCGGCUCGACGCCCACGCCGCCGCCGCUUCCGGAACGAACCGACAGUCUGAACAAUCGCAGCGAGGAAGGCGAGCUCAGGCGAGCGCCUUGGUUCCAAGCCGGCAUACCGAGGGAGAUAACGCUUGAGGUGCUGAGCCAGGAGCCCGAAGGCGCGUUCAUGGUACGCGAGAGCACGAGCAAGCCAGGAUGCUACGCCCUGUCGCUGCGCGUGCCGCGCGAGUUCCAGCCCAGCGGCAUCGCCCAUUAUCUCAUCAUGCGCACGAACAAGGGAUACAAAAUUAAGGGCUUCACCAAGGAGUUCACAACGUUGACGGCUCUGAUCACUCACCACUCGGUGAUGCCGGAACUGCUGCCCUGUCCGCUCUCGCUCAGCCGGUACAACCCGAGCUUCGUCAAGACAGACUCGAGCAAGGACUUUGCCGACAUCGAUUCUGACCCGGACUACAACACCCUCGCCGACUUUCGCAAGAUGAUGGCCGACCUCAACGUCUAAGACCGUCGCUAAUAUACGGUUCUUUCUCUCUAACGUGUUGUUUUUUUUUGGUUUCGAUCUUUUUUCUUUUCUGUGAUAACGACGGAGAAUUUACGUUACAUUCAUUUACGAUUUCUUUCGUUUACGCAUACACACGAGCAGAUGAGAAAAAGCGAGAACGUGCCGUGCGACGAAAAGAAAAAGGGGAUGAAAGAUCCGAAAAGUAAGCUACAAAGGAUAUAAUGAAACUGCGCUUCUGUCGUCUGCCUCCAAACACGUACGCACGAUGUCGGGGCACGGUAAGGGCGCUGUUACGGUGAUAUGCUCGUAUAAGUCAUUGCUAGAAGUCUAAGCAAAUCGUCGUAGGUUUACAUAGUUUAUUUAUAGAUGGUUCUAAGACCAUUAGGCCGAAGGUACCCGCUUUCGAAACGGGUAAGUCGUUACGCUGAUUCGCCGGAAUAGAUGUGUGCGCAUGUGUACACCUUUUAUUUUGCUUGGGAGUAAAAAAAGCUUGUACUUGCGAAAAUUCAAAUCCUGUCGAGAAUACGUCCAUGAGCUUGAGUGAUUAUAGUGGAGACGUGGAGCUUUUUUUUACUCCUGGGUUGAUUCGAGCGUCGCCAAGGCAAAGAGAAAGGUAAACCGAAAGGGAUGAAUUCGUUACCGCCGAAGAGACUGCAGAUAGUGACCGAUUUUCGUUUUUUCCAUUCGUUUGUAACUCUCCUUUUCUUUUCAUUGCUCAUUAUAUGAAGUACGAAUGCUAAGAUUAUUAUUCUUAUUAAUAACUAUGAUUAAUCUCGAUUCCUCGAAUCGUCGAGGCGCGCGGAACUCGAUAAAGCAUCCGCGUCGUCGUCGCGGCGAUGAUAUAUUAUAUAGAAAAACAGAAAGAAAAAUAAAGCGUUGAUGUAUAAAAAAAAAUGGUAAUAAUAACGAUGAAUAACUAAAAGAUGCAAAAUGUGUUGAUAUUGUAUAUAAAUUAUGAUUACUGUUAUGCGAUGUCGAUUGUAUUUAAUUAAGAGUGAAAGGACUGAAUCUUAAAUAACUGAUGGUUGGCAACUCUUGACGAUGAUCGCUCGAGUAACCUAGUCUUGUACAGAAGAGUCGCUUAGGGUAUAUGAUGAAGCUCGUAAUAUCUGAAUUCAGAAUAUUUAUUAUUUUCAAAGUUUCAGAGCAUCAGGUAAUCAAAUUUGUAAGUCGAUUCGAAGAUUGUCUUAACGUCGAUGAAAUAGAGUAUUCCAAUGCAAAAAUCACUCCAAGAAAUUAUUUUUUAUUUCAUAUUUGAUUAUCUUGGUGUUAUACUCGUCUCAGACAUUAUAAGUUUGGUGCCCUGAAAUAUUUCAUGUUAGAAAUUCUGAGUUUUGAUGAUAGUACGAAAAUGCAUUGAGGAAAAAACAGGAUGAAGCACGAGAUGAAAAUCCAAAACGUCAAAAGAUAUAGAAAAGUACGAUGUAAGCUUGAACGUGACAAAACGAGCAAAGAAUUAAUUAAAUAUUGGGGUCUCGAAGUCCUUAGCCCCGCGGACACUUAAGUUAUCGAGAAUGCGAUGAUGUUCGAAAAUUUCAAGUGGAAUGUUGAAUAUUUAUUAUAGUCAAGAGGUUUAUUUGAUUAUUUAAAAACGUAUUGUACAGUACACUAUACUGUGUGAGAAAUUGUAAUUAAAAUACUUUGAAAAUUUCAAAACUUUUUUUAUAGUUCUAUCCCGUAUUUCGUAAACAUUUGAGAAAAAAAUUUCGUUCGUUUGAAAAAAUCAAAAUGUGUAAGAAUGGAGGAUUUGUGUGAGAACCGAAUUCGUUCCAAGACUUUAAUUUUGCCAAAAUGUAAAUUUGCACUGCCUUUAUGAAAGAAAUUCGGGUAAGCUGCUCUUCUAUCACAUCGGACUAUUUCCAAGCACGAGCGCAGCAAAACCCUAUUUCAUUUCAUGUCUUUUUACUUUUAUAUUAUAUAAGACAGCGUGAUUAGCACCUACUUAACCGAGAGCUGUCGAUGCUCAGAACGAAAGAUACCGGUGUGUUCAGUAGUGCUAAGGUUUAGAGACCCCUUUCCCGUGAACAAGCGAAUAUGCAAAAAUAUCGUUAUCUUCCUGCGCUAAAAUAUUUGUAUUACACUUAUUACGAAAAGAUGAGCAAAAAAUAUGUCGAACGAAGAGUUCACUGAAAAUCUCCGCUGAACUGAAUAUUAAUUGCUGCUUCAGAUUUGUAACGUUCUAAAAAUCAUUAUACCGAUGCGUCGUAUAAUUUCAAUAAUAAAAUUAUUUAUUAAA